AUGGGUGAACAACCUCGGAAUGAAUCCGGCUCUACACCGGAAAGCCACUCUACGAAGCGGAACUUCUACAUCUUCGGCCACAACAUUUCUCAUUCGCUGUCUCCAGCCCUUCACAAUGCCGGGUUUAAGGAGCUCGGACUACCCCACCACUACUCAAUUCACCGAAGUGAAGCAGUAGACGAGUCGGUCGAACAAAUUAUCAACUGUCCAGACUUCGGCGGCGCUUCCGUCACCUACCCGCACAAGCUCCAGGUCUGCAGACUACUUUCCUUCCUUUCUCCGAGCGCAGAACGCAUUGGAGCAGUCAACACAAUUGUGGUCCGAGACUCGAACGGACAACGGGUUCUGGAGGGCGAUAACACGGAUUGGCUUGGAAUUAAGUCUUGCAUCGAGAGGAGCAAAGUCGGGAACUUCCAGUUCAUCUCCGCUCUCAUUCUGGGAGCUGGUGGUGCCGCCCGCGCGGCCUGCCAUGCUGUCCAAACUCUGGGCGUCUCCGAGAUUGUGGUUGUCAACAGGACGAAGGAGAAGGCUGUCCAAAUGAUGAAGCAUUUUCCUGGAACGCCCUUCCGCGUCUUCGGGAGCUUGGAAGAGCUAGCGAAGGAUAAACGGCAUUCGUUCUUUUUGAUCGUCCCGUGCAUUCCGGCCGACGAUCUGACAGAGGACAAGAUUCCCAGGGAGAUCUUUUCCGAGGGUGCACCAGGGGUGCUGGUUGAGAUGGCUUACCGCCCGCAGGUAACGGGUAUGAUGAAGGUGGCCGGGGCCAUGGAUGGAUGGAAGGUUUUCCGUGGGACUGACGUGCUCGAGGAGCAGGCGUUUGCGCAGUUCACGCUAUGGACUGGGAAACCUGCGCCUGUUUCGGCAAUGCGGGAGGGGAUGCAUGCGGCAGUUGCAGCCAGGGCGUAG